GUUCCAGAAGGCUUUGUACUAGUGCCAGGUUCUGUGUACUUCCUGGUCCUGAUCCAGCCUGAUGAACUGCCCAGACUCCAGCUGGGUCAAUUAAGCUGCAGCCACCACAGAUAAAACCCACCUGCAACUGGCUGAGCUGUUUACUGCCGACAUGGACAACAUGGAGAAAGCUUUUAUCUUCCCCGAUGUGACAAGCUUUGAGUGCUCCUCCCCGUCAGAGCUGGAUAGGAAGUUUUUUGGGGAACAGAGUUUGCUGUCUGCUCUGUCUCUGGACCAGCUGUCUACAUCCCGGCUUUUCAACAACACCACAGCUGACGGCUUCGACCGCAGGCCAUCCAUCCUGGCUUCCCUCUGCCUUUCAUCUGAUGCCAUUUCGCCUUGUGAGGGUUUUUCACCUCAUGGACCCGGCGUGAAGGAGUCAAACAACUGUAACCUCUGCAUCCCUCUGCAGGGGAAGUUCUCCACACCUCAGGUGCACAUCAAAAAGCCCAAAAAUGCCACAUGUUUUGACCAGUCGUAUGGCGAUCUCACGGCCUCGAAUGUCUCUUGGGAUGUCUCUAUGAUCAAAUCUGAGAGCAGCAACAGCCCCAGGGUCUUCAUGGAGUCCAGCACUCAGGAACAAACAUGGAGUCCAAAACCCCAGCAGCAGUCGCUGCCUGAGGUUUCCCCAUGAUUUCCCCCAGCAGAAAACGUGGUGGAAGGACUAGCUUCCAAAAUAUCAACACACUUUAAAGUGUUUUUUCUUUUU